AAACCGCCGAAGCGCGGCGCGCGGGGCAGGGCGCAGGCGCGGGGCCGGGGCAGGCGCGGUGCGGGGUUGAUGGCGCAUUGCAAGGCCGCGGACUCCAAGCGGGAGCAGUUCCGCCGGUACCUGGAGAAGUCGGGGGUGCUGGACACGCUCACCAAGGUGUUGGUAGCCUUAUACGAAGAGCCAGAGAAACCAAAUAGUGCACUGGACUUUCUGAAGCAUCAUCUAGGAGCUUCAGCUCCUGAGAAUCCAGAAAUAGAGGCACUUCGCUUGGAAGUGGCAGAGAUGAAAGAAAAAUAUGAAGCUGUGUUGGAAGAAAAUAAAAAACUGAAAACCAAGCUGGCUCAGUAUGAACCACCUCAAGACGAGAAGCAUGGUGAAUAACAGUAGUUUCUCCUUUAAUGCCUUGACUUAAUAAAGGGCUUCCUGAGAA